AACCCAAGCUUUUUUGUAGGCCCAGGGAGACCACCUUCCGUAGGUAGAUUCUCAGAAACUCUUAACUGAUUUUCCUAUGUGCUUCAUGUAGCAAGGUUUGUCGUUGAUUCAGAGAAUCGAAAGAGAAGGUUGGGUUCGCUUGGGAGAUUUUCGUUGCAUGACGAGCGCAUCAGAGCUGUUUUACAACCGGAGGUCGCGCGUCGGCCGAGCCGAUCUCGAUCUAGGGCUCCUUUCCUCGCCUACCAGUCGCAGUUUUCUCCAGAAUCACAACCGUCGAAGUCAUACUCAUCAUCAUCAACAUCAUAAUCGCCAGGAGCAAGACGGCUGUGACCCUCUCAGGCAUCCCCCACAAAUCCGGCAUGGUUGCCCUCGUGGCUCCCUCUCUGAGCGUACAUCCAUUCGAUUUGAUCAAGACAUCAGCCAGUUUCCAUCAACCAACAGUGUCAAUAUUCAUAACUUAAGCAGCACAAACAGGCCAAGGUUGAGUGGAAAUGAUAGGCUUCCCGGUGCUGUGCUGCUUGCAAGGGCUAGGCUUCUUGAGAGGUUGAGAGGGGUAUCUGUUUCUGGAAAUAGGCGAAGCAGCAGGGCUUCUUCAGAUGUGUCUAGAAGGGAGCACAUGUUUGGUGAUGAACUGAGGCUUGUUGGUGUGGGGGACUGGGGAACUGAAACAGGUUCACCUGCUCGAGGUCCUCCUUCUUCUGACUUGACAUUUCAAGCAGAAAGAUUCCCCUUUUCUGGGGAAUCAUAUCAGAAGAAACCACCUGGUCUUAGUAGCGACGCCAUGGACUGUUUAGACGUGGAGAUUUUUAACAGUCUGGAGAAGGAAGUUGAGAGGGAAGCGUCCAGGGCAUCGUGGGAUUGUAGUAUAUGUCUGGAAAGUUUCAUGGAAGGGGAUGAGCUGAUACGCCUACCCUGUGGGCAUAGGUUCCACUCUGCAUGCUUGGAUCCUUGGGUCCGGACUUGUGGGGAUUGCCCAUAUUGUCGAAGAGAUAUAGUUGUGCAUACAUAAUCAAGAAGUAAAGAGAAGUAGAGAACAUAACAAAUCCUUCCCUGGCAGUUUUUUCUUGUCUUUUUUAUAAGUUUUUAACCUUGUACCAUCCCAGCUUUGUUUCAUCGUUUCUACUGGUGAUGUUUUCGUGUAUUCAGAUAACCCUGGUAAACAAUUGACUGUCGUGUAUUGGGGGUUCUAUGUUAUGUUCACACAUAUAUAUACAUAAUACUGGGGUUAUGUGAUGAAUUUAACAAAUGCGAUUUGCAAAGAAGAAUUCAACAACUUUAGCCAAUAAUAUUUAUCAA